CCAAUCACAUAGAGAGCUGUACAAAGAGAUCUACUCUCUCUCUUUCUUUCUCUCGCUCACGCUCGCGCGCUCACAGCUCAGCUUCAUCGUUCAUGCGCUCUAACAGUGCAGGAGAGGAGGGGUCUCUCCACGCACAAAGAAUGCUCGUUUCUCCUUGUUAUACGGACGCCUCUAUACUGGACUACACAUCCUUCUAUGCCUCGUUAAAGGAGCGAUUGGAAUGAAACGAUAUGGGAUUUAUGCAAAGAGGAAUAAUGCGGAGAAGAUUGCCGGCGUGGCAGGUGUUGGUGUGGUGGUAUCACUUCUCCCUGGUGUGGAAUACAAUAGACGGGCAGAUUCGCUACAGCAUCCCGGAGGAACUGAAGCAAGGCUCUGUGGUAGGAAACCUAGCUAAAGAUUUGGGGCUGGCGCUGCCCGAACUGCAUAGACGCAAACUGCGAAUAACGUCGGAGGCUGGGAAGCAAUAUUUCAGGGUGGACCUGGGGAAGGGAGAGCUGCUGGUGACUGACAGGAUCGACAGGGAGGAACUGUGUGCACAAAGACCGACGUGCGUGAUGCCCUUAGAGCUCGUCAUAGAUAACCCUUUACAGCUGUACAGAGUGGAAAUUGAAAUCCUGGACACGAAUGACAAUUCUCCAAGUUUCCCGACGAAAGAAAAUGUGGUGAAAAUUGCAGAGCUGGUGACGGCAGGAGCGCGAUACCCUUUAGACAGCGCGCAUGACCCUGACGUUGGCUCUAACGCUGUUCGAGCAUAUCUCAUCAGCAAAAACGACCAUUUUAAAUUGACUGUUAAAAACCAUAAAGACGGUAGAAAGAUUCCAGAGUUAGUGCUAGAGAAACCUCUUGACAGAGAAAAGCUGCCUGUGCAUAAUCUCAUUCUCACCGCGGUAGACGGCGGUGAUCCGGUGCGUUCAGGGACGUCUGAAAUUAGAGUCGUAGUGCUGGACAAUAACGAUAACGCCCCGGAAUUUGAGAAACAGUUGUAUGAAGCAAAUGUAAGCGAAAAUGCAGCACCAGGAAAAGAAAUAGUUCACGUUAAAGCAACAGAUGCAGAUGAAGGGCUUAAUGGAGAGGUUGAAUAUUUCUUUGCAGAUCGGACGUCUGAUGUGAUCUUGUCGUUAUUUGACAUUGAUCCUACUACUGGUGCUGUUGUUGUCAAAGGGAGUCUAGACCAUGAAACAAGCCCAGUACAUAGGUUUGAUAUCACAGCAAAAGACAAAGGUAAUCCAGAAAUGGAGGGUCACUGCAGUGUAGAAAUAAAAAUAAAUGAUGUUAAUGAUAAUGUUCCUGAAAUUAUUGUCACUUCUUUAACCUCGCAAGUGCCAGAAGAUUCUGCUGUUGGAACGGUGAUAGCGUUGAUCAGUGCAAAAGACCCAGAUUCAGGUGAAAAUGGUAAAGUAACACUGAGUUUACCGAGCAAAAGCCCAUUCAGAAUAAUCCCAUCUGUCUCAAAUCAUUACUCACUAGUGACAAACGGACCACUGGACAGAGAAAGGAAAAGUCAGUAUGACGUCAAAAUUAAAGCACAGGAUUCUGGGAAACCCCCUUUAUCAAGUGAAAAAAAUAUAAUGGUUGAUCUGUUAGAUGUAAAUGACAACGCACCCAUUUUCUCUUUGCCUUCGUAUGUUGUUUAUAUAAAGGAAAAUCAUGCUCCUGGAAUCAUCAUUUGCUCUGUGUCAGCUACUGACUCUGACUCAGGGGAGAACGCUAAAAUCUCUUACUCCAUUCUGGACUCUAAGGUUCAGGAGGUGUCAGUCUCAUCUUAUGUUUACAUCAACUCAGAUAACGGCAGCAUCUACAGCAUGCACUCGUUUGACUAUGAGAAGCUGAAGGUGUUUGAGAUUCAGGUCCAGGCAAAGGAUCAGGGCUCUCCGUGUCUCAGCAGCAACACCACCGUCCAUGUGUUCAUCCUGGACCAGAACGACAACGCCCCCUCUGUCAUUUACCCGUCCUCUGCUGCCCUGGGCUCCCUCUCUCAUCAGAGGAUGCCCCGCUCCGCUAAAGCCGGUCACCUGGUUACCAAGGUGACGGCCGUGGAUGCUGACUCGGGUCAUAACGCCUGGAUCUCCUACAAAGUGGCGGAGGCCACGGACGCUUCUCUGUUCACGGUCAACCAGUACACAGGGGAGGUGAGGACUAAACGCUCCGUGUCCGAGCACGACGACUCCUCUCAGAGACUCCUCAUAGAGAUCAGAGACGAUGGGGAACCGGUCCAGUCCGCCACCGUCACCGUGUCCAUCCUGCUGGAGGACGGGCUCCAUGAGCCCAUCUUGGACCUGAGACACAAAGUGUCCGAGCCCAGCAAGAAGAGCGACAGACUGGCCCUGUAUCUGAUCCUGUCUCUGGCCUCGGUGUCCGUGCUGUCGCUGGUGACUUUCCUCAUCUUAGCGGUCAAAUGCAUGAGGAGCAGCAGAAGCAGCGGCGCUUGCUGCAUGAGACGCUCAGACUGUGAGGAUUACAAGAACCCCAACAGAAACCUGCAGAUCCAGCUCAACACUGAUGGACCUAUCAAGUACGUGGAGGUCCUGGGAGGAGACAUGAUGUCUCAGAGUCAGUCCUUCAGGUCCUGCAUGUCUCCCAUGUCAGAGUACAGUGAUUUCACACUGAUCAAGCCCAGCAGCACCACUGACUUUAAGGAGGUGAUCAGUGUCCUGGAUGCUUCUUUACCGGACAGCACCUGGACCUUUGAGAGCCAGCAGGUGAGCAGAUAUCACUCAUAAGAUGCAGUGUAUUAUGUAUGUGCCUUAAAAUGUCACACAUAGCGCGCUUCCUCAGUGAUUGCUAACAAGAGCACGAAUGGUGUUUCAUUUCAAAAGACUGAAAUGAAAGCAACUUUUGUUGCUCUUCUAUCAGAGCGACUACAUACAACAAAUUUGUUCAAAGGAGGUUAAGAAGGAUGGUGGCUCAUUUUGUGAUUACUCUAUCUCUUCGAGAAGAGACCAGCGGUGGGUGAACUUGAAAUCAUGAUCAAUUUCACUUGCAAGGAGAGGGUUCACAGAAAUGUAUCUGGCUGUGAAGAGCUUCUGAAGGGGAGCGCCCACAUUAAA